ACUGCCUAUAAAACCCAUUCUUUCUUCACUCAACACCACAUGCAUAUGUUUGUUUCUUUCUUCACAAACAGCCCUCUCUUGUUAAGCAUCUCUCUGUCUCUCACCCCCUCCCCUGUGUUUAUAGAGUUAGUUGCCAACCAUGCCUGCCCAAGUUAUGCCAGAAAAAGCCCUUCAUGGAAUUCAUGGAUUGGGAAGGGACAACAUUACUACUACUCCCCUUCCUAAAAGGUUGGAUGGAAAAGUUGCUAUUGUGACAGGUGGUGCUAGAGGCAUUGGAGAAGCAACAGUGAAGCUUUUUGCAAGGCAUGGCGCCAAAGUAGUCAUUGCAGACGUGGAGGAUGCAGUUGGCACAGCCCUAUCAAAUUCCCUGAGCCCUUCAGUUACAUAUGUUCACUGUGAUGUUAGCUUGGAAGAAGACAUGGAAAACCUAAUUGAAUCAACAAUCACCCGUUACGGGCAACUGGACAUUAUGUUCAACAAUGCUGGGGUCCUCGGAAACCAGUCGAAACACAAGAGCAUCAUGAACUUUGAUGUCGAUGAAUUUGAUAGCAUAAUGCGGGUGAAUGUUAGAGGAGUUGCAUUGGGGAUGAAGCAUGCUGCAAGAGUGAUGGUUGCUAGAGGAAUCGGCGGGUGCAUAAUUUCAACCGCAAGUGUAGCCGGAGUCACGGGCGGGCUGGGGCCACAUGGUUACACAGCUUCAAAGCAUGCCAUUGUAGGGCUCACAAAGAACGCAGCUUGUGAAUUGGGAAGGUACGGAAUUAGGGUAAAUUGCAUUUCUCCGUUUGGGGUUGCCACGUCAAUGCUGGUCAACGCUUGGAGGAUGAGCGGUGGUGAUGAAGAAGAUGAAGAGGAAUGCAUGGAUUUCGUGAUGCCCUGUGAGCAAGAAGUGGAGAAAAUGGAAGAGUUUGUGAGAGGGCUUGCAAAUUUAAAAGGUCAAACUUUGAGGGCAAAAGACAUAGCUGAGGCUGCUCUUUAUCUUGCAAGUGAUGAAUCCAAGUAUGUUAGUGGUCAUAACUUGGUUGUGGAUGGUGGAAUCACCACUUCAAGAAAUUGUGUUGGCUUGUAGCCUAGCUUGUUUUAAUUUUGUUUUUUUCCCAUUUCAUGGUGUGAUUUUGUACAAUCAUAGAUUAGGAAAAGGUUUGCGUGUUUGGGUUUGUAAUAGGGUUCAUUUGUCAAGUCUAUAUUCAUCGAAAUUCAAGUGUAAAUUUUUGGUGGUGACCAAUUUGGUGGCUUGGUACUCAA